AUGACAUCGCCAUCUGGGCUCAGUGUGGCCGAGCUCGCCGAGCACGUCCACAACAAAAACAACAACAACAACUAUUCUUUGAGCUUGACGACAUUACCGUCGGAUUUAAGUGAUAUUCAACUAUUAUUGCUUCAAGAGCUUGGCGACAACUACACCGAGCUCGUUGAGAUAAUGGAGAAUCAGCCAGAAAGAACUCUUCUCCAGAAUCUCUAUUAUUUCUAUAUGCCGUUUUGUGUGGUCGUCGGAUUAACUGGAAAUACAAUGGUUUGGAUUUUGAUCAGAAGUAACCGUAUGCUGAGCAAAUUGCCGACGAAUACGUAUCUUCUUUGUCUGGCAGCGAUGUCGUCGAUAUUCCUUCUCUCGCUGCUCAUCUUCUGGAUUGAAGAGGACCUGUUCGAGAACUCGCCCCUUCGCAAUUCCUAUUACAGCUGCAUUUUCAACACAUUUCUCGCGCAUGUCUGCGAUUUCGCCUCUGUAUGGCUCAUUGUGUUGGUUGGAUUCGAGCGGCUCAUCCUACUCUAUCGCAAAACUCGCGGGCUUACUGUAGAGCGUGCGAGGACCCAAAUUGCAUUCCUUCUGGGAGUUGCGAUGCUGUUCAACGCGUGGAUUUUAUUUGUCGCUGGAAUGGACAAAGAUGGCCAAUGCGACAUUAAGGAAGACUAUAUUCGAUUAUACAAUACGAUGACAGUUCUUGAGACAUUUGUGUGUAUGGCACUUCCAUCGUUCAUUAUCUUCGUCUCCAAUGUCUUAGUCAUUGUGAAAUUGAAUCAACACGUUAGACGAAAUCCCGGAUCACCAGCAGUCUCGUUUAACACUGCCGAUGUCGUUCUGACCACACAAACGUCAGCUCCGAGCAAUACUCUAAAGAGCUAUAGCAGACUGUCUACGCGAUUCUCCAUUGAAGUCGAAAAAACUCCGAAAAAGAAGAAGAAGGGAAUACGGUACACUGACAUCCAAUUAACCAGGUCGCUUUUGGUUGUCACCUGGGCGUUUAUAAUGUUGAAUCUUCCCAACUACGUCUAUCGCAUCACUAGCAUUCUGUUCGGUGUUUCCGAUCAAACCGAGGCAAUGCAGAAAAUGUCUCUAAUCGCACACGUCUUCCUAUAUACUCAUCAUGCAUUUCUUUUCUAUUUAUACAUUUUCUACUCUCCGCAAAUGAAGCGACGACUCAAACCGACGGCGAUGAAACUGCUCGAAUGCUACUGUUUCAAGCCACCCGGUGAUUAUACGGAUCAUACAUGA